GGGAGGAGGAGAGGGAGGAGCAGAAGGGAGGCUGGCACUCAGUCUGUUCGCUCGCAGGAGGACUCAGCAGCAGCAGGACAAUGGACUGUCUCCACUACGGAUCCUAACGGACACCGGGCUGCUUCUGACUAACUGGAACACAAGGAGGUGAAUGUCAAACAGCUCCAGGAUGCUGCCGUCCUCAUCCCUGCUGACCUGCUGUUCACCAGGGGGCAUCUGAUUUACCAAACAUGAUGAAGACUGAACCCCCGUCGGCCACGGGGGGCAACGGGACCUCCGGUGGCAGCAGCGGGGGAAGCGGGAGCUCCAACCUGCGGAGUCCCUCGCCCCACCGCAAUGCCUACGAGGCGGGGCUGGCGGCGCUCAAGAAGGCCACCGACCAUCUCAAUAAUGCCGCGAACGGAGGCUCCGGCCCCGCCUCAAAACCAGCUCCUCUGCCUCGCCCAACCGGGAGGGGCCGGAAAUAUGGAUCAAAUGUUCACCGCAUCAAGAACAUGUUCAUGCAGAUGCAGUCUCCUGGUGAUGAGGAGGACGGAGCCAAGAUGAUCGGUGUAGAGCAGGCGGUGAAACUGUCCUUACCGAGGGCAUCCAGCCUUAACGAGAACGUCGACCACAGUGCCCUGCUCAAACUUGGCUCCACGGUCUCAGAGAGGGUCAACCGCUUUGACUCUAAACCAGGCGGAGAUGGUGGGGGCUUCUCCAAGCUCCAGGAGACCAGGAGGAUCUUCGAACAGCGGACUCUACAGGAGAAGCAAGCUGCCACCAACCGGAUCUUGCUGAAGAAAGAGCGGGCGUCGGGCUUCCAGGACAGCCGUCUAGAUGUCGUGGCUCGCUUUAACGGCUCCACUGAGGCUUUGGACCGACUGGACGACCCCCCUGCUCCCGCUCCUGCUCCUCUUCCCGCUCCUGUUCCUGCUCCUCUUCCAGCUCCUGCUGCUCUUCCUGCCCCUGCUGCUCUUCCCGCUGCUCUUCCUGCUGCUCUUCCCGCUGCAGCAGCUUCAGUCGGGCCCGGUGACGCCGUCAGCCCCACUGUGAGUCAGCUCAGUGCCGUGUUUGAGAAGAGCGAACAGCAAACCAAUCUACAACCCCCCCAACGUCGGUCAGGCCCUGCCCUAGCACCAAAGCCCAAACCUCCAGCCAGAACAGAGGCUACCGGAAAGAAGGGGAAGGUGCUCCCUCCAGGUAAAGAGGACCAUGAGGAGGUGGCAGCCAGCGUUGUGAGUGCCCAGGCAGCAGAACUACCAGAAGUGACUGGUUCUCUUCAGAGGAGCAACGAGGAGAAGGAAGGGUUCCGACAGUCAGGAGACCAGCUCCCCAACUCCUCCUGCUCCUCAUCGUCCUCCUCCUCUUCGGGAGUCAAGCCAGAGUCGGAGGCCCAGCCAACAGCGACUGAAGCCAGGGGCUCAAGUACGGUGGCCCCAGAGCAAGAGCCGCAAGCUGAUGAACAAGACGGCUCCACCGGGGGGUCUGGGGCCGGAGCCAGGCUGGUGCAGGCCGAGGUUCAUGCCUCGCUGGAAAACGGAGAAAAAGAAUCUCCAGGUUCCUCUCCCUCCUCUGAUGAGAGAGCAGGGGUCUCUGAGAGGAGGGGUGAGGAAGAGGAGGAGGAGGAGGAGGAUAACGACGAGGAUGGCUCGAGGAAGGAGGAUUACUCGGAAGGGGACGUGGUGGAUAUCAGUGCGUACAGCGGGCUCGGGGAAGAGGACUCUGGGGGCAGCCAGCUAGACGAUGAGGAGGAUGAGGACGACGAGGAGGCGUAUCAGCCGGAGACCAGCUGCUCCGAGAUCCCGGGUCUCCCUGAGGAAGAGGAGCCCCCGCCACCCAGUAGGAAGAUUCAAUUCAGCACUGGGCCAAUCAAGGUGUUCACCACCUACUCUAACGAAGACUACGAUCGGCGUAAUGACGACGUUGACCCCAUGGCGGCCUCAGCCGAGUAUGAGCUGGAGAAAAGAGUGGAGAAGCUGGACCUGUUUCCUGUAGAGCUGGAGAAAGACAGCGAGGGUCUGGGUAUCAGCAUCAUAGGUAUGGGUGCAGGAGCUGAUAUGGGUCUGGAGAAACUGGGGAUCUUUGUGAAGACGGUCACCGAUGGAGGAGCUGCACAGAGAGACGGCAGGAUCCAGGUCAAUGAUCUGAUAGUGGAGGUUGAUGGAACCAGCCUGGUUGGCGUCACGCAGAGCCUCGCUGCCUCUGUCCUCCGCAACACCACCGGCACCGUCAGGUUCAUGAUUGGUCGGGAGAAGCCGGGGGAGCAGAGCGAGGUGGCUCAGCUGAUCCAGCAGACUCUGGAACAGGAGAGGUGGCAGAGAGAGAUGAUGGAGCAAAGAUACAAACAAUACAUGGACGAUGAUGAAGAGACAGGUGAGUAUGCGACAGACGAGGAAGAGGAGAUGAGUCCAGUGUUUCCCAACUCCAUUGAGGUUUUCGACCUGGCAGAGAACCAGGACAUGUUGUCUCCUGUGGAGCUGGACCCCGAGAAGCUGGCCCACAAAUUCAAGGAGCUCCAGAUUAAACAUGCCGUAACCCAGGCGGAGAUCCAGCUGCUAAAGAGGAAGCUGGCUCAUGCGGAGCAGGAUAAGUUGCGUUGGCGGAUGGAGCGCGCUCAGUUGGAGCAAAACAUCCGGGACAGUAAAGAGAGGAUGGAGAAGCUGGAGGGCUACUGGAUGGAGGCGCAGUCCCUGUGUAAGGCAGUGGAUGAACACCUGAAGGAAACCCAGGCUCAGUACCAAACCCUAGAGAGGAAAUACAGCAAAGCCAAGAGACUGAUUAAAGAGUACCAGCAGAAGGAGAUCGAGUACCUGAAGAAGGAGACGGCUCAGCGUCGGGCACAAGAAGAGAGUGAGGCAACACACAAAGAAGAGGCGGACAACCUGCAGGAGCAAAUUACAGACUUGGAGACCAAAGUGGAUGCCCUGAAGACCCCCAACCCCUCCUAGACUGCUGCUACGUCCUACCUCCUGUCUGUGACUGGAAGAGGAGGAGCUCUGCCUUCAUUCUGACCCGGGCUGUAUUUUAUUUCAAUCAACCAUUUACUGCACGGACAGGUAGUGGAGGGGGGAGAGGGAGGUUGAGGGGGGGGGACGAAUAACAGGGAUGAAAAGAGAGGACGGGGAGGGCGACAUUCAAAGAGGAACAAAGCAACCUCUCAUCUGACAUCUGCCAGCGGCUUAGAGCUCUGUCAGUCAAUAACCAAUCCCAGAAUGCACCCUCUGUAAUACCCACAAUCCUCCUUGUGUGUCUUCCCGGCAACCGGCUUGGCAAUCAACAUGGAAACCACAUUCAACAACAUGUGCUUUAUUUAUGGAUGAUCUGCUUCUCCUCUCUUCAGUAACGGUAUCUUACCCGAUUCAGAUUUAUUUUAAAGAAGCGCUUUUAUUGAACAGGCUCGUCACAAAGUGCUUUAUAGAGUGACACACAUGCAGAAUAAAACCCAACAAAAAAGGACAAAGGUCAUUUGAUUGUUGUUAUACUACUUUGAACUAGGUGGUUGCCGAACCAUUCCUUUUUAUGUUUGGGACCGGACUUGAUUCUUAUGGAUUAUGGAUUCUGUCGCAUGGCAUUGAUCAGUGGAAUCCAGAACUACACGGAGAAAUGGCCACCGCUGUUUUAAAAGACAAAUUCUGAAGCGGAACAACAACAACAACACUUUGAAAGGAAAUAGCCACCACCACCUGCUGAUAGUUAAGUAAUAAAAACUACAAAACGAGAUGGCCGACACAUUUCUGAUUCGUGACAAAAAUUGUGAACAGCAGAACGCCCACCCUAGCCUUUGGUUUCUCUUUUCUAGCCUAACUCUCUGCAAGCGAUGGAAGGAAUCAGGUAGAGCUUUUCAGGUCUGAACUGUGGUGGCAUACUGUUUGUAUAUAUUCUAUACAUGUAUUUAAAAGUGUUUAAAUGGCUUAAGCAAUUAAGUGGGUCCGAUAUCCGAGAGUAAGGCGGUGCAAUGAGACAACGAAAUGGUUCAUCUCUUUUCUAUUAACAUCAAUGGCAAACAGGGUGUGAAUAGUCUAAUGUGUGCUUCUAGAGCUUCUAAUGGUGUAUAUUCGUUGGUGUUUACUACAGUAUCUGUGGGUUUACAUGCACACCAGCAUCCUGUUAUUCAGGAUAGUCGUACUAAAUUCUUGAGUUGGUGCAAGGUUUUCAGAAAUCGACUCUUAUCCAGGAUCACAAAAGAACUGAAUAUGCUAGUUUGAAUAUACUCGUUUUCUGAGGCUGUUUUGUGUACAGCUUCCACUCACUGCAUAGUUUCAUGAGCCCAGGCUACAUGGGAAACUGAGAAUAUUCAGUUAACAGCAGAUAUGUACAACAGGAUCUCCUGAGGUGCACUUUCUACAGUAGUGUCAGUUCAAACAUUUUACGGAGGCAAAACAGCUCUAAUAAUCUCUUUGGUUGAGGUAAAUGUCCGUGGGUGUAGCCAGAGUGCCAAAAAUUCCCCAAAACAGUUUUACAAAUCUGUUAACAAUAUAGUAGACACUAUUCUUUUUUACACAUAAUGUAUAUAAUUGUAUGAUUUUAUACAAAUACAUAACUAAAAUGUAUUUCUAUUAAGGAUGCUUAAAUUUGGUUAUUACAGAAUAUUGACCAAGAUAUGUACUGAACAUUUUACAGUAGAAAAAUAACCUUUUCAGUGCUCUCUGGUGGACAAGCACAUAAAUACAAACACAUAUUUAAUGGUAACACUGUUUCCAAAUUACCUCAAACAUAUUUUUUUCAUUUCUGAAGCAUUUCCUCUUAGUUAUCAGCUAAAAUCGACCGAUAAUAUCGGCUUCUACGGAAGCAAAGAAAGGCCAUAAUAAUUAGAUUAUUGUAUGGAAGCAAAGAAAGGCCAUAAUAAUUAGAUUAUUAGAUAGAUAUAGAUUUUUUUAGAAGCAACUGAUUACCUAAUUAUGAAAUGUAAAUACAACUAUAGCACUGUUUUUUUGUUGUUGUUUUUUUUUACUCUGAAAUCCAUCUGUCUGGAAUUUAUGUGGUCUUUAAAUUUAAAUUCAAGUGGUGCAAUUUUAAAAAAAAAAAAAAAAAGAAAGGAAGGAAAAAGUUUGGUUCACAAAUUUAAAACUAAAUUCCAUUUUCCGAGGUUUCCAGUCCUUAUCUGAAUGUUUCUGUCUUGGAUCAUUCGACUGAAAGGCCGUAACCUGAUAGGCCAGAGGUCUGAUUCAUUCAUUCAGACUCUAUGUAACCAAUCUUCUUUAAAACAACCACAUUUUUAAAACUGACUUGAAUUUUCAAUUAUAAUUUUAGCCGAGUUUUGUGAAUUUUUUUUAUGCAGAUGUUUCAUACCUAUAUAAUAUUUUGGUGCUAUACAUUCAGUCAUAUUUACAUUUCAAAAUGAUCUAUUCAGCUGCUUAUAAAAUUCAUUAUUAUAAUUAUUAUGGACUUUUUUUGCUUCCAUAUUAGCCUGUCAGUAUCACACAGACUCUAAUAGCUAGUUAUCUAAGUUAGCUUGUUAGCUAUCCUGUAACUAUCCAUAUCUGCUAAUGUAGCCUACUAAGUCGUUGCCAAUUCUAUCUUUUAUAGAUAUUUCGAUCAGUGUUGUCUUUUCUAAUCAGCUAAUGACGUUAUGCUAUGUUGUUAUGCUAUAUCUAGUUUUGCCUCAGAGAAAUGUUUGUGUAACUGGACCUUCACAUGGAUAUGAGCUACAGUGUUAUUCAGAAAAGUGUGUGCAUGUAAACACACUCCACAUCUCUCGUGUUAGGCGAAGAGUAGAAGGUCCCCGUGCCAGUAUUACGACUUUAGGAAAUUAUCUUCAAUUAGUGAUACAUACCUGAGAUUGUCCAAAUAUGGGACGAAUACAAAAGUGUUGCUGUGGUUGUUAAAGGUGAGAACUUUUUCUUUUUUUUUCGGGAACUCAAGAACCACUGGAGGUUCAGGUUCAGCUGCAUCAAAAUUGUUUUAUUGUUGGUUUUUUCUUUAAACAAAGUUUCUUCUUUGGUCAGAUAAAUCGGAUAAGUUGCAAACACUCGGAGCAACCACAGAAAUGGUAUUGCUUGUCAAAUAAUACGUGUUCUUUGGGUCAGAUCUGUAAAAUAUAUUCCACCAGAGAUGGGAAUCUGAGUCAUUCACUGUAGAUUGUCCUUAAGAGUUUUCAAAUUGUCUAAUGCAGAAUUGUCUUAAUUUGUCUGUGGAAAUAACAAAUUAAGACAUUUGUUUAUACAAUAUGAUUAUAUAUUUAACUAUUCUGAUUUGACUAUUAUCCAGUAGUUGAUGAUGACUGUUUGAUAUUCCAAAUAUGAGGUUCAUAUUUGCAUGUGGAUGGCAAAAUGGUGCUGAGUAAGACAGUGUUCACAAGUAAUUUAUACAAAGUUUUGAACGGGCAAAUAGUGUAUUUUGCUGCUCUAAUGGUGAUUAUUAUGAGUUUGUGUAUGUCUUUAUCGAGAUAUUACAGCUUGCUGGCAAGCUCUGAUUAGGUUGCAUUAAUUGAAAACACUGAAUCAGAUAAGAACUUGAUUAGGCUAUUUAAGCACUUCUCAAGAAUGAAUGCAAACCAAACGUUUUCAUAGUUCCUGGAGGAUGGACCCUAGGAUGAAUUGUAAUUACUUCAGUGAUCCCUUGUCUUUUCCUUUAGCACCAUCUUCUGGUCAAAUACUUUGGUUUACAAGCAAAACAUUCCCAUCAUGGUAUUUAGUGCUAAUUAGCAAAUGUUAGCAUGCUAACACACUGAACUAAGAUGGUGAACAUGGUAAACAUUAUACCAGCAUGUUAACAUUGGCACUGUGAGCAUGUUAACAUUAGCAUUGACCUCAAAGCACCUCCUUAAUAGAGCCACUGGCGUGGCUGUAGACUUGCUAAUAUUAUAAAAUAUUUUCAAAUCUUUUCUUUGUUUGUCAUCACACAGACAAUCUUUCACAAAUAUGUGGGUAAUAUUUGUGAAAGUUUUUCUGCUUGUCACAAAAUCUAAUGUUGCACUUCCGAGCAUUCAAAUGUCUAUUUUGUUCAUAGCAGCAUGUCAGAGAAGCAGAGAAGACCAGCUACUUCUGGUUUUGUGUUGUACAGACAUGACUUUUUAAAAUAAGGUAUUGUUUUGUGCUGACCAAUCGGUUCCUGUAUACUAGCGUCUGAAUCUGUACCAGCUCCCGACCUUCACCUCUGACCUACAGGAAACAAUCAGUGUUUGAUUUUCAGUGACUCAUGGGAGCAAAGCUUGUGUAGUGCUUAACUCAACAACUAUUGGGGAAUUAUUUAGUCACAAACAGGAAUAUGAGAAACCAAGUGACAAAGGUGAUUUUUUCUGUUUGUAAAGUUGUGCUGCUCUUCUCUUCCUGGAUACAACAGUUUGAAUGAUGGAUUGAUUAGAUAUGAUGUUUGAGUUAGACAAGGGGGAGCAGUAAGGUUGAUGUUUUCAUGUAAGAUUGAAUCUUUUUUUUAAAGACACCAAGUAUUUGUUCAAAACAUGCAGUAUAUUUACAUUGUAGUCCUAUCGGACAGGAACAAGGGGCUUCGAGAGCAUUUCUAGAGGAAUCAGCCAUAAGCAACUCACUUGGGUAUUUUUACUUCUUAAGUAUUUUUUAUUACAGUUUCAUCUCUAUGUCAAACCAAUGUGAGCUGUACAGUUGUUGUUCUAUCACCAAAUCAAGUCCUGGGUCACUUUGGGUUGAAAAUCUAGACACAUUAAGUGAUCACUUUGCCUUGUUAUGACUUGUUCUUAUUGGUUAACAUGCUGCUUUUGCCUUCACAAAGCCUUCUGAUGUGUGCUAGCUGUAGCUGACUAUCAUAUGUGUUACCCAUCAUGUCUGCCCAUCACUAAUAUGGAGGACUAAAGCUGCCAUUAUGAUUAAUAAAUACAUGAAUCAAUAAAUAAAUAAAUAAAUGAAAUAACAAAGAAA